GAAAAGCGUCCGCUAUGAAUAAAUCACGUAAAGGUAUCAAGUUAACCCCAUAAUUAAUAUCUGCUAUUUAAAAAGACAGACAAGAAGAGCGGGCACUGACUUUUCAGCCCGCUCCCCGUUUGCCUUCCAGCAGUUUAUUCCCGGCUGUUGGCGUGGGUGCGGUGGCCUGCAGCUCAGUCAUCGAAUCCCGUUCGGGAUGUUGUCAUGACUCCGCAUGGAGAGAAGGAAGGAGAAGGACACGAGCGCCGCCGACGACGUGUGUGAGCGGCGACAUACAUACAACAUACAUACAUAGUAGUGGGGCGCGCGGAGCUCUUUAAACCGCGAGACGCGUCACGUAUCCGGGGAUCCCGCGGACAGAUCGGACGUGGGCAGAGCAGCGUUGCGAGAUCGCGCUGGAGUGGAGUGCGUUGCGUUUAAAAUUGGACCGCGCCGAAAGAAACGAAAGGGGCAGCAACCGGAGCGCGAUCGCCGCACGCACGUGUUCCUUCCUCCUCGAGCACCUCCCGCGGCUUCGAGCGCACCUUCUCGGCACGGGUGGAAGUAAGUCGUGGGAGCCCGUUCCUAGUCUGGCAAGCACCCCAAGCAGCGUGGAUCUCACACAAACGACGUGUCGAGAUCCGAGCUCGCCGUUACACUUCUGCUUCCGUGGAUGCCGGGAUCCACACGAGAAGAGAAGGGCGGAGAAGAAGGUCGGAGCGGCUCGUUGACGCAACGCGGUGCUCCUCUCAUCUGCCGUUUCCUGUGCUUAUUUAUUAUUAUUUAUUCUUGACCUCAGGUUUCUUAUGUAGUCUAACUUAUUGCGAAAGCUCUGGAAGCAGGCGAUUCCGAGGUUUCUCCCGGGGAAGAUCGGGACAGACCCGAUUGAAGCCGCGCGGAAAGACAGCCGAGAGUCGCGAGCGAGGACGAGCGACCUACGAACGCACAGAGAUACAAAGAUUCGAAAAAUACACAGAUAGAUCAUAGACUAGAUACAGUGACACCGCCGCAGCAACAUGAUGAUGUCGUGCGGAGCCGAGAGGAGGCUGGAGAGCCGGCUGAACACUCUGGAAACCAUGAUCAGAGAUCCGAAAUCCACCAUGAACCUGGAAAGUUUACUGGAUUCCAUGAAUGCCAUGGUGCUGGACUUGGAUUACCCCGUACUACGAAAGAACAAAAAUAUAGACUCCUUUUUGAACAGGUACGAGAAAAUGAUGGGCCGCAUACGGGAGCUGCAGAUGAAGCUGGAUGACUUUGAGAGGGUGAAGCUCAUUGGCAGGGGGGCCUUUGGUGAGGUCCAGCUGGUCCGCCACAGAGCUUCUCAGAAAGUCUACGCCAUGAAGCGGCUCAGUAAAUUUGAGAUGAUCAAGCGCUCUGACUCCGCCUUCUUCUGGGAAGAGCGCGAAAUCAUGGCCUUUUCUAACAGCCCAUGGGUUGUUCAGCUGUGCUGCGCCUUCCAAGACGACCGCCACCUCUACAUGGUGAUGGAGUACAUGCCCGGUGGCGACCUGGUCACGCUGAUGAGCAACUACGAUGUGCCUGAGGAAUGGGCCCAGUUCUACACGGCCGAGGUGGUCCUCGCGCUGGACGCCAUCCACUCCAUGGGUUUCAUCCACCGCGACGUCAAGCCUGACAACAUGUUGCUCGAUCGCACCGGACACCUCAAACUCGCCGACUUUGGCACCUGCCUCAAGAUGGACUCUACAGGCAUGGUGCGCUGCGGGACCGCUGUGGGCACCCCUGACUACAUCUCCCCCGAAGUGCUCAUGUCCCAGGAGAACAACAGCUGCUACGGGCGCGAGUGCGACUGGUGGGCUGUGGGUGUGUUCCUCUACGAGAUACUGGUUGGUGAAACACCGUUUUAUGCAGAAUCCCUCGUUGGGACUUAUGGCAAAAUCAUGAACCACAAAAACUCCCUCAGUUUCCCAGACGACAUUGAGGUAUCGAAGAACGCCAAAGACCUCAUCUGCGCCUUCCUAUCACACAGGGAGGUUCGUCUGGGGCGCAGCAGCGUGGAUGAGAUCAAGCAACACCCCUUCUUCGCCAACGAUCAGUGGACCUUUGACACCAUCAGAGACACGGUGGCGCCCGUGGUGUCGGAGCUCAGCAGCGACAUCGACACCAGCAACUUCGACGACAUUGAGGAUGAGAAAAGCCACGUGGAGACGUUUCCCACACCCAAGGCCUUCACGGGCAACCAGCUGCCGUUUGUGGGCUUCACCUACUUUCGGGAGGACCAGUUGCUAAGUGACAUUUGCCCCGGUGGUGUCAACAACCAACAUCAAACGCUGGCCAAACAGGAGUCAGAUGAUCUUCAGAAGAAGCUACAGAAUCUGGAAGAGCAACUUAAGAAUGAGAUGCAGGUUAAAGAUCAGCUGGAGAAUAAAAUCAGAACUUCAAAUAGCUGUCUUGAGAAGCUUUCAAAACAGCUGGAUGAAGAGAUGAACGGCAGGAGGAUCCUGGAGACCACGCUGUGCCAGCUGGAAAGGGAAAAGGCCCUGCUGCAGCACCAGAGUGUGGAGAACACCAGGAGGGCAGAGCAGGAGGCUGAGAAGAAGAGGAGCUUGGAGAAAGAAGUGAACAGCCUGCGCGAUCAACUGGAGGAUCUGAAAAAGAAGAGCGAGAGCUCCCAUGCGUCCAUUGAGAAGAACGUCCACUUGCAGAAGCAGCUGGAUGAGGCCACCGAGGCUCUGAAAGCCGGAGCUGAGGAGGCCUCGCGCCACCGAAAGGCUCAGGCCGAGAUGACCAAGCAGAUCCAGCAGCUGGAGACGAGUGUGAGGGACCUGCAGAAUAAGAACAGCACCUUGGAGAACAGCAAGCUGGAUCUGGGGAGGGAGCUCAUCAAUCUGCAGGAGACCCUGGAGAUGGAGAGGAGAGCCUGCAGUCAGGGCACAGAGGCGAUCGCUGACCUGCAAGGGCGCAUCUCUGGGCUGGAAGAGGAAGCCAAGGAGCUGAAAAGCACUUUGACAUAUGCCCAAGAGGAAAAGAGAGAGCUGCAGGAGAAGCUGGCGCACCUGGAAAAGGAGAAGAGCAGCCAGGAGAUCAACCUGACCUACAAGCUGAAGGUCCUGCAGCAAGACCUGGACCAGGAGCAGGCUGAGCAUAAAGCAGCAAAGGCCCGGCUGACUGACAGCAGCAAGAUCUACGAGUCCAUAGAAGAGGCCAAGUCCGAGGCUAUGAAGGAGAUGGAGCAGAAGCUCCAGGAGGAACGAGCACUGAAGCAGCAGUUGGAGAACAAACUGCUGGAGGUGGAGAAGCAAAGCUCCAUCCUAGACUGUGACUACAAGCAAGCACAACAACUGCUGGAGGACCUCAGCAGAACCAAAGAGAAACUCACUGAGGAGGUGAAGAACCUGAACCUGCAGAUAGAGCAGGAGUCUCAGAAGCGUAGUCAGAUGCAGAAAGAGCUGAAGACCCAGGGACAAGAGGUUAUUGCGCUGCAUACUUCCGAGAAGCAGCUGAAGCAGGAGCUCAACCACCUAUUGGACCUGAAGCAGAAUCUGCAGAAGCAGAACCAGGAUCUGCUGAUGGAACGGCAGAAUGCCGAAGGACAGAUCAAAGAGCUGCAGGAUCAGCUUGAGUCCGAGCACUAUUUCACGACCCUCUAUAAGACUCAGGUACGUGAGUUGAAGGAAGAGUGUGAGGAGAAGAACAAGCUGUACAAGGAUCUUCAGCAAAGACUACACGAGCUUCAGGAGGAGAGGGAUUCACUGGCCUCCGAACUGGAGGUGACCUUGACUAAGGCAGACUCUGAGCACCUGGCUAGGUCAAUUGCAGAGGAUCAGUACUCGGACCUGGAGAAGGAGAAGAUCAUGAAAGAGCUGGAACUCAAAGAGAUGAUGGCUCGGCACAAACAAGAGAUUGGGGAGAAAGAAGCCACAAUCAUCUCGCUGGAGGAGGCAAAUCGCACCCUGACAAGUGAUGUGGCCAAUCUGGCCAAUGAGAAAGAAGAGAUGAACAACAAGUUGAAGGAAACCUUGGAACAGCUACAGAGGUCUAAGGAGGAAGAGCGCCAUAUUAGUGCAAUGAAGAUCAGCUUUGAGAAGCAGCUGCAGAUUGAGCGAACGCUCAAGAUCCAGGCUGUGAAUAAACUGGCAGAGAUAAUGAACAGGAAGGAAGUGCGCGGUGUUCACCGUCACAGUGAUAUGGACAUUCACAGGAAGGAAAAGGAGAACAGAAAACUACAGCUGGAGCUUCGGUCAGAGAAGGAGAAAUUGAACGACAUCAUCAUCAAACACCAGAGAGAGAUUGAGGAACUGCAAGCGAUGGUUGCAGAAGAUAGCCAGCUGCGUAUGGAGAUGCAGAUGGCCCUGGCCAGCAAGGACAGUGACAUUGAGCAGCUGCGCUGUCAGCUGACCUCGCUCAGUGUCCACUCGCUGGACUCCACCAGCAUCAGCAGCGGACCAGACCUCGAUGCCGAAGAUGGCUACCCCGACUCAAGGCUAGAGGGCUGGUUGUCGCUUCCUCUGAAGAACACCAAGAGAUUUGGCUGGGAGAAAAAGUAUGUUGUGGUGAGCAGUAAGAAGAUCCUGUUUUAUGACAGUGAGCAGGACAAAGAGAAGUCCAAUCCCUCCAUGGUCCUGGACAUAGAUAAAUUAUUCCACGUGCGGCCAGUCACCCAGACAGAUGUGUACCGUGCCGAUGCCAGAGACAUCCCCCGGAUCUUCCAGAUUCUCUAUGCUAAUGAGGGAGAGUUCAAAAAGGACCAGGAGUUUCCUGCAGAGCCACUGUCAACAGGGGACAGGUCCAGCUAUAUUUGCCACAAGGGUCAUGAGUUUGUCCCCACACUCUACCACUUCCCCUCCAACUGUGAAGCCUGCACUAGGCCACUGUGGAACAUGUUCAAGCCCCCGGCCGCCUUGGAAUGUCGACGUUGCCACAUAAAGUGCCACAAAGACCACCUGGACCUGAAGGAGGAAGUCAUUGCACCGUGCAGGGUGAAUUAUGAUGUGUCGAUGGCUAAGAACCUGCUGCUGUUGGCCACGUCCCGGGAAGAGCAGCAGAAGUGGGUCGGCAAGCUCAUCAAGAAAAUUCCUAAGAAGCCCCCUGCUGCAGAACACACACCCCGCCCCUCGCAAUCCCUCUCGCCUCUGUCUCCUCGUCUUUCUCCACGAAACUCCCCCCGCCUAUCACAUCGCCCCGCUAUUAAAGGACAGUCUUCCAAAGCGUCACCCACCACCAAACCAAGUUAACAUCCUUUCCUGGUAUUGCAGCGCAUUGACAUCCAGAAUCCGGACUUUUUUUUUUUUUUUUUAGCAAGGCAUAACCAAAACAUAAAAAUGUGUGUUUUUCAGUUCUGGCUCACUCUAGUUUGCUAUCCAUGAUAAUCAUUUUUUGUUCUUCAGCACUUCCUAAUGUUCUUCGUAUAUGUUCAGGUUGUAGAAAAUUAUCAUACACAACCAUAAGUGAACUGAGAGAGGUGUUUAUGGAGCUAUAAUACGGAUGACCAAAGCACUGGUGAAACUGCUGAACCCACCACCCAACUGAAUAUAUCAUCUUUAUAACAAUGAGCUAAUGUUGCACUACUGCUACACUGACAUUCUGAAAGCACGGUAAUUUACCUUAAAUCUCAAGUAUAUGUGAGCGGAAGAAAACGUUGAUGAAAAGACACUAAAGACACUAAAACAAAGUUCUACAUAGUGAAGGUACUGAGGACACACAAGUUACAUCACUUCAGCAGAAUUUCUGUUGGUACUUUCUGCUUUCCACUGCACAUCAAAGCCAACCGGUCAUUUCCCUGUAAAUGUAACACGGUCUACUUUUUGCAGAAAAGAAAAAGUGGAAAUAUGGAUUUUUUUUUUUUUUUUUUCUUCCAAGCA